UGCGCUCAUAAUUUAUGGUUUACGUGACGAUAAAAUAGAAAUCACAUUUUAGAAAAUUCGAAGUUGUUGUUUUGGUGACAACAUUAUAUCUUUACAAUUAUUUAUGAAAAUUGCGUAUUGAAUAUAUUUUCAGGCACAAAACGGAAUCUUUAUGUUAUAAUCUGCUUGGAUGCAUUCAGUCAUUGAUACUUCAAGCGGUGUACGGUAGCCAUCUUGGUUUCGAACAAAGCUUCAGAUGUGUAGUUCGUCUGUUUAUCAAUAAUUUUAGUGCAUUUCCCUGUAAAUAGUUUGUAUGCUUAGGAUAUGUACGGAACAUUUGUCCACAUGUGUAAAUAGCUAUGGCUGCGACAAGGAAACUGCAAGGUGAAAUAGACAGGUGUUUAAAAAAGGUAACAGAAGGGGUUGAAACAUUUGAAGAUAUUUGGAAAAAAGUACAUAAUGCGACGAACAGUAAUCAAAAAGAAAAAUAUGAGGCGGAUCUCAAGAAAGAAAUUAAAAAACUCCAAAGGCUACGAGAUCAGAUUAAAUCAUGGAUUGCAUCAGGAGAAAUUAAGGAUAAGAGUACUCUUUUAGAAAAUAGGAAACUCAUAGAAACACAAAUGGAAAGGUUUAAAGUGGUCGAAAGAGAAACAAAGACAAAAGCGUAUUCAAAAGAAGGUCUCGGUGCAGCUCAGAAACUCGACCCUGCUCAGAAGGAACGGGAGGAAAUGUCGACGUGGCUUGUGUCAUCUAUUGAUGCGCUUAAUUUACAAAUUGAUCUCUUUGAAUCUGAAGUGGAAUCGCUCGUAGUGGGAAAGAAGAAACGACUGGACAAGGAGAAACAGGAUCGAAUGGAUGACCUCAAAUCGAAACUGGAACGGCACAGGUAUCACAUUAAGAAGCUGGAGAUGCUGCUGCGGAUGCUGGAUAACAUGUCUGUGGAAGUGGAUCAAAAAUCGAUCCCAUUACAGAUAAAGGGUAUUAAGGAGGACGUGGAAUAUUAUAUAUCGUCAUCUCAGGACCCAGGUUAUGAGGAGAACGAGUACAUCUACGAAGAUAUCCGCGGCUUGGACGAAAUUGAGCUAAGCGGGGUUGGAGUGCCGUCCAGCGCGACCACGGAUAGCAAUAACAGCAAUGACUCACCUAGAUCUCCUACCAGCAUGCUUUCAGGAACGAGCCCGUUGACGUCCCCCGCGGAGCUACACAACCACACGUCGGAAUCUGUCGAUAUCGAUAAAAAGAAGAAGGACGAGUCGAUCAAACCGGUAAAGCCGCUGCCGCUCCGCGCCUUAUCGUGUGGUGCGGCCGCUAGCCCCAACCUGAGCGCGCUGAACCACUCCGCUACCAACAAUAGUGUAAACAGUACCGGCGUGUCAGGGACGUCGACGCCCAUCAAACAGCCUCCGCCCAGUUCACCUCAUCAGCGGCCUAAUAAUACUGUUGUGUGGUCUGUUGCAGAGGUGUGCGAGAACGGCCCCGUGUCAGCCACGCCCCACCAGCACGCCACUGCGCCCGCGAAAAGUUCAUCGGCGACGACGCUCGCGAGCGCGAUCGCGAAUCCAAACCCGAACGUAAGCGUGAAUACGAGUACGGUCAGCAACGUCAGUACGCAUAGUGCCACGCCCACUCCGCCUUCGCCGGUCAUGCUCAAUGGACCGAUCAACGCCCAUCAUACGCCUCAACAUAUGCUCAAUAACGGCCGAGCGAGCGAAACCCCAAGCACUCCAGCGCUGAGUACGCUGAGUGCGGCGAGUGUAAGUAGCGGCGCUAGUACACAGCCGCCUGACCCACUUGCCACUACCACGCUCAAGAGUAUGGCGCAGGAAGCCGUGCAUCGGGCGGGUUUGCAGCAAAAUACAAGACGAGGUGUACCAUUAUCUCAGGCGCAUAUUCCACCUUUAUUAGGAGUCGCGCCCUUAGGGCCUGUACCACUUAGUUCGGAGCAGCAAGUACAGUACCAGAUGUUAGAAACAGCUUUCUACCAUAUGCCACACCCCUCAGAUUCAGAGAGAACGAGGGUAUAUCUUCCUCGAAAUAUCUGUCAGACGCCCGCCUAUUAUAAUCAGGUGCUGUUACCCCAUUCAGACACAGUAGAAUUCUUCCAGAGACUCUCAACAGAGACAUUAUUCUUCGUGUUCUACUACAUGGAGGGCACGAAAGCCCAAUACCUUGCCGCGAAAGCUCUGAAAAAGCAGAGUUGGCGGUUCCAUACGAAAUAUAUGAUGUGGUUCCAAAGGCAUGAAGAGCCUAAGGUCAUCAAUGAGGAAUAUGAGCAGGGCACGUACAUAUACUUUGACUACGAGAAGUGGGGCCAGCGGAAAAAAGAAGGCUUCACGUUUGAGUACAAGUACUUAGAAGACCGUGACUUGAACUGAAUUCGUGUAGUGAGCCGCUUCCAACCGCACAUCUCUGCCCGCCUCGCAGGCCGAGGGUCUCAGGCCCCAGCCGGGGUCCGUCGGGCCCCAAGGACCUACUCGUGACCAGUGAUUGUGAACACCAAUAGUGAAGGAACAAGUGUCUAGUGUUGUGACAGUGUAUUUGAGCAAUAUCCAUCAGAAUCAACCAAGGUUGCCUUGUACCAAUCCUCGUGUCAUUCCAAUGUAAGUAUUAACUUGUCGCUUAUUUCUGUGAUGUAAUGAGGCGCUCCAAUUUGUAGAAUGUACGUGCAUAUUAAUUUAUUCCGUUUGAUUUGUUUACGAUUUGAAAAGCGCCUUGUUGUGUCUUUUGUAAAAUAAUUUUCUCGCUCUUCUGGCAGUUUGUUAUAUUGUACAGUAGAGUAACGAAUUUGUAAAGCGAACGAAAAUGCGAAACAUUAUGAUGAGACUCAAUAAGUAUAAUGAAACUUGUGAUAUCGGUUUAGGGCCCUCAGCGCACUUGGAAACCAUGAUUUUUUCAACCCAUUGGAUGUGUAUUUUUUUAUAAAUAUUACAGAAUCUCAUUCACACCUAAAAUUACUAAAUAAUUUUACUGUCAACACAAUCAUCAUUAAGAUAACAAAAUGUUUUGGACCUCAAAGGGCAUAAUGUAACAAGUACCUCUGUUAAAGCAAUAUUUAAUGUUAGUCCAAGAAAUUUUAUGCUAGUCAUAAUAAAUUUUGUGUGACAUUCUGUUCACUUGCAUUUGUUUUAGUAACAAAUUGUAAAUAAAUUUACUAAUUGUGGAGAAUUGUAAACAUUAUGAUUUUGCUGUAUUUUAACCUAUUUUACCUACCUUCAUUAAAAAUAUAUGUAAGUUAAGAAACAGUGGAUAUGAUCUAAUUGCAAUACAAAUGAUCACUUUUUUUGAAAAGAUUCUAUCUGAGAGCGCUUUGGGCAUUUGUUUUUAAAGUUAUAUAGAGACUGGGUUAGUUUGAAAUUAUACUUGUGCAUUUUGUAUUACCACAAAUUUACUAAACUUGUAAAAAUUACAUUAAAAUUGUUAUCAAUAUAACUACUGUUUCUUUUAUCUUGUUUUACCUGUAAGUUAAACUGUGUUAUUUAAAUUUUCUUUUACACAACCAAAAAUAUGAUUUAUUUUAGAAAUUCUAUGUUAUAUUUUGGCUUAUUGGAUUUCUUUUUUUAUUGUCUGUAGAUACAUGUAUUGUCAAAGAAAUUUAAAUUAUUUUUAUUUAAAAUGAAAAAUGUUGGUAUUGUACCUAAGGUUAUAAAAUUAUUUAAAACAGAUUAGUCAAUGUAGAAUGAGUAUUAUAAAAUUUUCAUACAAAAAAGUAACAUGCUUAUGUGGUAAUUCAAAAAGGCACUUAGCUAAGAAUCAAUUGUUAAUAUAUGUUUUCACCUUCCAGAGAAAUUUUUAUGCAUUUAAAUUUAAAAAAAGUGUUACAUCACUGCCAUGGCAUGUUUUAUAUGACAAAAAUUCUUAUUGUACUUAUUUUGUUUAAGCGAGAGGUGUUGAAUAUCUUUUGUAAUUCUUAAAAGUCAUGCCUUAUAUAUUUUUAGCAUUUACAAAGUGAUCUUAUAAUGCAAUAAGGUCUUGAAUGCUAGCUACUUUAGUGUAAGUAUCAAAAUAUUGAAGUACAUCUGUUAUUGAGCGCCUCUUAACGGAAGGUGGAAAGGUAUAUGAAAACUUUAGCACAAUAGGGCUGCCAGAUUGUCAAAUAAUCAUGAGCAUAGCAGAGUUAACAAAGUUGACUGCUGUUGUGUAUAGUUGCACAGUUGUGUUGCCAUUAUUGCCAAUGCAUUCAGCCAGUUGGUGGUGAUUUGGUUUGAUUGUGAUGUUGAUAGGGGUUCAACAUCAGGGGGUCUUGUGGGGUUGAGUGGGCAAAGUGUGGUGAAGCGCGACUAGACUAGUGGUAUGUAAGUGAAGAGCAAGUGAAUGCCACAUGCAUUGUGUCUAUUUCAGUUUUUUUGUAAAAAGUCUUGUGAAGAAUGACAUGUGGUAAAUAAUUUAAAAAAUUAUCUGUACAGUUCUAUUUGUAUAGAAAUAAUAAAUAAUGAUGAAAUAAAGUAAAACAUGUUGUGAUUUCUCUAAACGCUUAGUUUAAGUGCGAACGCUGGUAUCGACGACCCUUAUUGGGGAAAUAACGCAUUUUUAUUUAUUUAUUUUUUAAAAAUAUGACUGUUUUAAUUUGUAGAAUAAACUGUAAGAAGCA